CCUCCCAGGUGUUGGUGGCAAUCUGGUGGCCAUUCAGACCAGCCGGAUCUCCACCUACCUGCACAUGUGGAGCACGCCUGGUGUUCUCCCCCUCUGGAUGAAACAGUUCUGGCCUAACCCAUGCUCCACUUUCUGCACCUCAGAAAUUAAUUCCAUAUCAGCCCGAGUCCUGCUCUUUCUGGUGGUUCCGGGCCAUCUGAUUUUCUUCUACAUCAUCUACUUGGUGGAAGGCCAUUUGGUCCCAGACAGUAAGAUCUUUGUGGUGUUCUAUCUGCUAGCAAGCCUGAUCCAGGUGACGAUUCUUCUGUACCUGGCAGAAGUGAUGGUUCGGCUGACAUGGCACCAGGCCCUGGAUCCAGACAACCACUGUAUCCCCUAUCUCACAGGGUUGGGGGACCUCCUAGGGACUGGCCUUCUGACACUCUGCUUUCUUAUCAACUGGUUAUUGAGGAGUGAUGCAGGGCUGGAUGGUUUCUCAGAACCAUCAUCUGGACCUCCCUAAUGAGCCCAGGCAGCCCCAGUUUCUCAGUAGAAUUUUCCUUCACACCAGCAGGGUACAGAAUACAGUUUCUCCCUGCCUGGGUCCUCAGGAAGGAUGGUUGACACCCUGCCUCUGCAGUGGCCCUUUGUCAGUCUGCUAAGGACACUAACACACAUCUUGACUCUGGAGUUGGAACCUGAGCCUAUGAGGGUGAGGGAGGCCUGAAAUCAGAAGCAUUGUUUGUGUAUGAAUGUGACUGCAUGUUCCCAGACAUAAGUGCACACUCAUGUGCUUGGUGAGUGCAAAUGAGUGUGCAUGUGUGUGUGGAGAGCAGGGGACUCUGGCCUGAAGACGCUGAAGGAAGAGACAUGUCCAGUGCACUUGGGAGAUAUGCUGUCACUGUUCUGUGCCCAUGCAGCCUGGAUUGGGGAGGAGCAGGAAUGAGAUGCCUUCUGUGCCCAAGCCUCAGGACUGAGCUGUGACUUAAGCACAGUCUUCACCAGGUCUGAGCUUCAUGGGCCAUUUUGCCAGUGUGCCUGCAAAUGUGCAGCCCUUCCCAAGACAGCCCUUCCUUGCACACCCUUCAUCUGUUCCCAGUAUUUAAUCCUGUUAAUGUUUUUUUCUUUUUUUCUUUUUAUGUUUAAGCAAAACUUCUGUUUAGAUUUUAAUGAUCAGAGAAGUAUAAAAUAAAACAUAGAUUAUAUUAUA